UAGCAUCUGUAUGCAGGUAAAGCUAUUGUGAGCACCAAUGAAACUUUAGGUACAGUCACAACUGGGACUUAGACCUACGUUACUGGAAUGCUAACAUAUGACUGAAAGCCUCGCAUCUGGAAGCUCACACGCAGAUCCAUUUUGCUGCUGUAAUUGAGAGCACAUCCUGUGAAGUCUACCCUAAGCAAGCCAAGACCUCCUCUUCUGGAUUAAUACACUAGCCAUAGUCUUUGGAUUGGCACCAAAUGCAGUCCCAAGGAAGCUCACAGUGAGUUUAGGUGAAGUGCGGAGUGAACACCCCAUCCCAGCAACACUGAGAAUGUAAAUCGGGGGCUAUAUUUAAAGCGUACAACCAAGUCUCAAGGGCCCUCGCCUCCUUCACCCACCAGCCUGACCAAGGGUGGAUGUCAAGGGAAAUCUCUCCUACCGCUCAUUCUGUGUACGAUGAUGGUAGCAGUAAGCACAAACCCGGAUGAGGAGAGAUGCAAACAAUGGAGGCCCCAACACCAGAGCCUGUGUACGUUGAUGUGGACAAAGGACUAACAUUAGCAUGUUUCGUCUUCCUUUGCCUUUUCUUGAUCGUGAUGAUUAUUCGCUGUGCAAAAGUCAUCAUGGACCCUUACAGCGCCAUCCCAACUUCCACAUGGGAGGAACAGCACCUGGAUGACUGAAAGGGACACUGCGGGAAGCUUUCAGAGCACAACCUGGAAGGCCUUUUCAUUCAGAGAAGGUGAAUGUAUAUUAAACCGAGAUACAGAGUGGUGCAAAUACAGCGUAUUGGUUACAUUUUCUUGCACAGCAGGUUGUAAACAUCAUUGUGUCCCUAUCUGAUGGUACAGCCUAUUUCUGGUAUAACCUUCAUAUAUUAACAAGAGAAAUUAUGAUUGUAACUCGAAUAGCACAAAAGCUUUCUA